AUUUUUUCCAUAAUAAAUAAGUGGAUUUUUCGGGAAAAGUUAACAGAUUCCGUGAAACGAUGAACAUAGUUCGAAGCCUCCUCCAGGUGCAGCAUCGUUUGGUGUUGUGUCGAAGUGCCGUCAUCCGAAUGCGAUCGACUUUUCCUCCUUCGCUACGGCCGAUGCCCAGUCAGCUGUUUACGCGGAACGAUUCAUCGCCGUCGAAGUGGGGUUCCUGCUCGUUUGCCUCGCAAGCUAAACCCCGGUUCAAGAAAGGUAGGUCGAAAACAACAAUCAAUCCGCUAGAUGAGUUGAAGGCUGACGUGCUCGCCUACCGGCGAGUUCACCUUGAUCGAUUGAACCAGAUCCUGGCAAAGCCGGAAGACAUCCCGGCGGAAUCGUACGAUUUUCUGCUCAGCUGUUGUGGAAAAUUGCUGCUGGAUCAUCCGGUGGAAGCUCGGAUGAAACUUUUCAGGAAUCUUUGGUUCAUGGCCAAUCGUGGAGAUGAGACAGUCCCGUUGGAUCGAUGGAAGACAUGGUUGCGGGUUUACCGUGAAAAUGCGGUGGAUUUCGAUGGAGGGGUGGAGCAGUUUUUGGCGGGGGUUAAGGUUGAGAAGGACCAGGAGUUCUAUGAGCUGCUUUUGGGGGUGGUUUGCGAACGAGGGGACGUGCCCAAGAUGUGGGAAGUAAUGGAGAUGUUCAAGGUGCAAGGAUUGGGGUCGAAUGUGGGAAUUGCGGCCGCUUUGGUGCGGGGGCAUUCAAAGGCAGGUGACCUGGAAGCGAUGAGGACUGUUCUGGAUACGAUGAGUGCUGGAAAUAUCGAACCGGAUGAGGGAGUCUACGGUGAGCUGGUUGUUGGAUGGAUGAGGAACAAUCAGAUGGAGAAGGCACUGCAAUUGAUUUCGGAGAAGGGGAGUUUGCUGAAGGAGAAUCACGUUGCGGAGGCAUUGAAGGAAGCACUGGUGAGGGAUCACAAGGAAGCUAUCAAGCUGUUGGUGAGAUUGUUUCCGGUAGAUGUGAUUCAGGAUUCGAGUAUAGAUCCAGUUAUUCGGAACAUUUGCUCGGACCUCUUCCGCGAGGGUAAGUUUGAAUCGGUAAGAGCAUUGCUAAACGAGCUUCCAGUGCCAAAGUUUAAUCUGAAUGAAAACUACGACAGCUACGCAGUUUCACUUAUAUUUGAAAUGGUCAAAGCCAAUGCUCCGUUGGAGGAACUUGUCCUGUUGGUGGAUUUACUCAUCAAAACGGAAAGAAACACGCGGGCUUUGCAUGUGGCAUGCGAAUGUGCGGCCAAACAUUGCAUCGACAUCUAUCCGGAGCUGCUGGGAAUGUUGAAGGAGCAGGAGGAUUUGCGGCCGCACUACUUUUGGCCGUUGAUUGUUCAUAAUUUCACCAAACACGGUGAAGCCGGAGUGUUGGACGUUCUCAAGCUUAUGAAACGGUACAGAACCGAGAUUGACGUGGAGACGAUUUCGGUUUUCGUUCUUCCAAAGCUGGCAAUCUCGCUAAAGGACGUGCGAACUUUGCUGAAGCAAUUCGAAGACCGUGGGGUCAAGAUGUCCGUUCUGAUGACUCCGUUAGUUUCUCAUUUGCUUUAUCAGAACCGCUUCGAUGAUGCGAUCAAGGUCGCCAAGCUGUACUCGUCCAAGGUGGACACAGAAGCACUGAUCUAUCCGUUGGUAUUGCAAAUGACGGUUAACAAAACGGCACAACAUUUCAACACUAUGUCGGAAGUCGUUCGUCAGCUUAAGGACAAGGCUCAGAAUCCGAAGCACGAUCUAGCCGGUCAGCUGCUGAUGGAACUGAUCAGCAACAAGAAGACCAAGCAUGAUGCUUCCACCAUAAAGUCACUGCUGGAGCAGUUUUCAACGUUCGAGAUUCGAAUCAGCCGAAUGAGUGCCAAUGUACUGAAGAAUCACUUCUCGAUGGCCAAGCAAAUUAAUGCAGCUCUCGAUAAGCUGAUAAACUCCCUAGUAGAAGAUAAGCUUACGAUCCCUUCGAGGGAAAUGUUCGACUCGAUGAUCGUGCAUCCGAGAGACAUGAGCUACGAAGAGCUGGAAUGUCAUCUGGGUGAGUUGGAGGAGAAGAAACUCAAUUCUCGGGGAGUCCUUCGGCGGCUACUGCAGGUUUGCGUUCGUGAAAAUCGUCUGGAUCGUGCCUUGGAAAUCAAGCAAAAGUGUGACGAAUCCAAAGUCGAACUAAGCUCCGGUAUGCUUGCUUCCGUUUUUGACCUACACAUCAAGCGCAAGAAUGUAGACGAAGCCGGAAAAACCCUGGAGCAGAUCAAAACCAUGUUCCCAGGAUUUCUGCUGGACGAACACAAGGUGAUUGAUUUUGCUGCACUCCUAGCGGAAAAAGGCUUCCCCUCAAACGCUCAGAAGGUCAUCAAACAGCGAGCAUCCUCCGGACAACUCCGGCCCGGAAACUCCAACAAAAACAUCUGGAACCUAUUGACCAACACGGCCCAAUGGGCUGCCGAAAACGACUACAAAUCGGACAAAAACCACACCAGCGAAAUGCUGAAAUUCCUAGUCGACCUGGGCUACUGCACCUUUGACAACGCUCUUCUCGGUCCGGUCAUACGUGAGUACCUUCUUAAAAACCAAACCCGCAACGCCGUUACCGAAUACCGAAGAAUAGCUACCGAGAAACGCCGAACUCCUCUUCAGUUGGAAAUCUUCACCACCCUGGUCCGUUUAACCAAUGCAACCGAUCCGGAAAUUUCCCCCGAAGAAGCGAAAGCCCUGCUGGGUGAAGUUAUCCAGAUCGGUUCCAAGAUUCACGGAUCGGUUAACACGAACAACACACUGAUUGUGGCCCUGGCGGAAGCCGGCACCGAAGCACAACUCCGUCGGAUCCUUAUAAAUCCGGAAACGCGCGUGAACCACGAGUACAUCUUGACGCAGUGCGAGUUUCUGGUGAAUUCCGGCAAGCUGGACGUGGUUCUACGCUUGGCCAAGUGUUCCCGGGGACUGGCAAACGUGCGGGAAGCGGACUUCCUGGCGGUGAUUAUGAAACAGUACGUCAGGGAUAAUAACUGCGAGGCGGCGGUGGAACUGUUCAAUCGACUGCAGGCCGAGGACGGCGAUUUCAAGAUUAGUGGGGACUUUGCGAGGAAGUUGAUCGAUUUGCUCGAAGUGAACAACUACGAGGUCCCGAAUGCGGUGCGGUUGUAUGCCAAGUAGGGCGGGGGACGGUUUGAGAGGUAAGGUUGUUAAA